UAACUGUAUUUAUUAUACAAGGCAAGGCUAUUUCUCUGUGGUUAAGUGGAGUUUUUAUUUUACUUUAGCUGAUGAUUGUCCUUUUCAGCACGCGUCUUGCAGCAUCAAGUGUCUCUUUCUCUCUUCUUCUGUAGAUGGCCAGUCAACUCCGAGCUAACUCAACUCAUCUCUGAGUUUCCAUCGAGUCUGCUGAUGAUCAAGGUAUUCAGUUCCAGUACCAGAACUUUGGAAUUUCGUUGAGAGACAGAUUCUGUUGGAAAGUACUCAAGGGGAAACUCUCAAUUUCAAGGAUCAAAGACCAUUUAGAGAGAAUAUCAAGACAAGGCAUUCAAAUUUGCGAAAACAUAACUGAUUAUGUCAAAGCUGUAGCCUAAUGAAGCAAUCCAAGGAUGAUACAAGAAAUGCAAAAACCAUGCCAAUGAGAUGUAUAAUCCUGUUUCAAAACAACAAAGUCACGAAUUGGACAAUGCAUUAAUGGAUGAAGUGUGGAUGUAUAUAGAUGAUCAUAACAUAGAUCAACCAAUGGGAGGUGGUGGAAUUUCUUCCCAAGCUGAUGGGGUGAAUCAUGUGGAGAACCAUGUUGAGCAAUCUACACGACUUGUGGAGACUAUGGGGGAUUUGUUGCCGGCAACAAAGCCAAUAGGUAAAGAGUUUGAAAGAAAUAAGAAUAAGAUAUGGUCCUGGUUAAUGGAUGAAAACGUCUCAAGUAUUGGCAUUUAUGGGAUGGCAGGAGUUGGUAAAACUGAAUUAGCGAAACAUAUCAAUAAUGAACUUGCAACAAUUCCCAGUGCAUUUGAUCAUGUUUACUGGGUUACUGUGUCAGUAGAGUCUAACAUCUGUAAGCUGCAGAAUGCCAUCUCAAGGGCUAUGUAUCUAGACCUUUCGAGUGUGGAUGAUGAGCAUAUAAGAGCAGCUAGAUUAUCAGAAGCUUUUACCAAGUCUAUCUUAAUUUUGGAUGAUGUGUGGAAAUAUAUUCCUCUUGACAAGGUUGGAAUUCCUGUUAUCAAGGAAGGAUGUAAAUUGGUUCUGACUACUCGAUCUUUAGAUGUGUGUCAAAAGAUGAGUUGCCAAGAGAAAAUCAAAGUGACGCCACUUUCAGAGGAAGAAUCUUGGAAAUUUUUCAAGAAAGAAGCAGGAUGUGGAGUUAUUCUUUCUCUAGAAUUUGAAGCAAUUGCAAAAUCCAUUGUAGAAAAUUGUGGGGGAUUACCACUUGCAAUUGAUUGCAUGGCAACACAAAUGAGAGGAAUGGGUGACAUACAUGAAUGGAUGGAUGCAAGCAACAAAUUGGAAGGAGUAAUAGCAAGGCAAGAGAAUGUGGAAAUAUUUGAAAAACUUAGACUUAGCUAUGAUUAUUUAAAUGAUUCAGCAUUACAAAAAUGCUUCUUGUAUUGUGCAUUAUAUCCAAAAGGUGAUGAGAUAGAGAGGGAGGAGUUGAUAGAUAAUCUGAUUGCUGAGGGAAUAAUUGAACAAAUGGAGAGUAGGCAAGCAGAACUGAAUAGGGGUCACUCAAUGCUAAAUAGACUUGUAAGACUUUGUUUGUUGGAAGGUAGUACUAGUUAUGGUUACGGACAUGUGAAGAUGCAUGACUUGAUUAGGGAUAUGGCCAUUCAAAUAAUGAAGAUGAAUCCACGAGCCAUUGUUCAAGCUGGUAAACAACUGAUAGAAAUGCCCAACGAGGAAGAAUUGGUUGAUGAUCUUGUGAGAUGUUCAUUAAUGCAUAACUGCAUUGAAGGUAUCCCUUAUGGUUACUCACCGAAGUGUCCCAAUCUUUCAACCUUAUUGUUGUGUGGCAAUGAAGGAUUGAGAUCAAUUUCUUCUUCUUUUUUCGAGCAAUUGGAUGGGCUCAAGGUGCUUGAUCUUUCUCAUACAGAUAUUGAGGAAUUGCCUAGUUCUAUCUCUUAUUUGGUGAAUCUAAGUGCAUUGUUGCUCCGCUGGUGUCAAAAGCUACGUUGCUUGCCAUCAUUAGCAAAGCUUAGGGCUUUGAAGAAGUUGGAUCUUAGAUAUUGUGGUGUUGAUGAAGUACCUCAAGGCAUAGAAUUGCUAUCCAAGCUCAGGUAUCUGAAUAUUGAAGGAACAAAUAUGAAGGAUUUGUUUCCUCCUGGGCUAUUACCUAACCUUUCGAAUUUGCAAUUCCUCAAUCUUGGCUUUGAGUUUUCACUUGGAGAGAAUGUAGAUGAUGUGGCAGAGUUGGUUAAAUUGGAAGCUUUAAUAUGUCGUUUUAAUGAUGUAGAUGAGUUCAAUGCAAAUGCUUCUAUAUUUUUCACCAAUCUAAUCCAAUUUGGUCUUCUAGUAGGAGACAAGGAGUCCCAUUACCGAUGCUUGGACGAACUACUAGACCUGAAAAGGAAAUUUGUAUGUUUUAAUGAAUGCGAUAUCAAUGGUGUCCUAGUUCUCCCAAAAAAAGUUGAAGAAUUGAUAAUUGAUGGCUGCUGCAUCGAAACAAAUGGCCUAUGCUUGCAAAAUGCAACUGAACUCAAGUACUUAGAAAUUAAAGAUUGUAAUGGGAUAGCAUGUUUGUUUUCAUUGUCCUCCUCAUCCCCUUGUAUAUUCCAAACCCUUGAGAAUAUUACUAUCCAUUCUUUGGAGGACUUACAAUUCCUCUUUAGUAGAGAAGCAACAAUACCAUUGUCACCUCCUCUUCCUACCUUUUCCCUUCUUAAAGUAUUUCAUCUAUACGACUGUCCAAGAAUGAAGCACUUGUUCCCUUCUGGCUGCUUGUCAAAUCUUCAUAACUUGCAACAGAUUUCUGUUUGCAAUUGUGAAAAUAUGGAGGAGCUGAUAGCAGUGGGAGAAGAACAAGAAAGCCAUGACAACAUUCAAUUCAUUCUCACAAAAUUACAGUCCUUAAACGUGAGUUUUUUACCACAGCUGAAGAGAUUUUGCAGGGAAAAAAUAAUUUGCGAUUCUCUCCAAGAAAUUAGUGUAGUCUACUGUGGAAGUGUGAAGCAGUUGUUCCUUCCCGGCUUGUUGUCGAACCUUAAAAACCUUGAACGGAUUUUCGUCUCUUGUUGUGCUAAUAUGGAGGAGCUGAUAGCAAUGGAAGAACAAGAACAAGAACAAGAAAGCCACGACAACAUUCAAUUCACUCUCCCAAAAUUAGAGUCUUUAAACUUGAGUCGUUUACCACUGCUGAAGAGCAUUUGUAGGGGAAGAAUGAUUUGCAGUUCUCUGCAACAAAUUAGGGUAAGCGAUUGUCCAAAGCUAAAGCAGAUGCCACUUUGUCUUAUCUUGACGGACAAUGGCAGCCAACCAUUUCAUCUUCCUACUCUUCAACGUAUAAAUGCAUGGCCACGCGAAUGGUGGGAGUCGGUUGAGCUCGAUCAUCCUAACGCCAAGAGUGUUCUUUUACCCCUUUGUGACUUCUUUCUGUAUGCGUAAUGUAACUCCAUUAACUAAACCUUUAAGCUGCUAAUGAUGAUUUGUUGUAUCCCUGUUCAUGCAUUUCAUAAUAUAAUGGCUUUUUCAGAUUUUUGUAUUAUUA